AUGUAUGCGUAUAUUUAAUCUAUUUAUUUCUAAUAGUAAUAUUUUUUGAAUAGUAAAAUAAUUUACAAAAUAUAAUAAUUAUAUUUAUAAAUAAAUAUCUAUAAAAUUUAAUUUUUACAGACUACUUCCAAAUAUUUUAAAAUAAAAGUUAAAUAAUUUUUUAAGGUUAGUUUGUUUGCUUGCUUGCAGAUUUAUUUAAUUGUUUUUUAUUAAAAUAAGCUUAGUUAGAAUUAGGUAUUUAAGGUUUUAUUUAAUAUGGAUUUUCAGAAUGUAUGCAAUUUUCAUUUUCAGAUUCAGUUUUUUAUUGUUUUUAGGUUUCCUACUGUGAUAAAAAUAGAACCUAUUAUACUAACAGGACUCAAAUUUUAUUCAAAGACAUAAAUAUCAACAAAUAUUUAAAUAACUAUUUGA